CACUGUAUAAUAUAUAUCAAAAAUUUACUAGGCAUGUCUCAUCACUGUAUUAUGUACUAUAUAAUUCUAUUAGACUUGUAUCAUCACUGUGUUAUGUACUAUAUAAUUCUAUUAGACUUGUAUUAUCACUGUGUUAUAUACUUAAUAAGUCUAUUAGACUUGUAUCAUCACUGUGUUAUAUACUUAAUAAGUCUAUUAGACUUGUAUUAUCACUGUGUUAUAUACUUAAUAAGUCUAUUAGACUUGUAUCAUCACUGUGUUAUAUACUUUAUAAGUCUAUUAGACUUGUAUCAUCACUGUGUUAUAUACUAUAUAAGUCUAUUAGACUUGUAUCAUCACUGUGUUAUAUACUUUAUAAAUCUAUUAGACUUGUAUCACCACUGUAUUAGUACUUUAUAA